AUGGGUCCCCGGCGGAAAAAUGUGAAACCAUGCUCAGUGAACAGGGAAGGCUCUGAGUCUACCAAAGCUGAUGAGCCAAAAGAUUACAUGAACCAACUCUCUCAUGAAGUGCUUUGCCACAUCUUUAGGUACCUUCCCUUGCAGGAUAUCAUGUGCAUGGAAUGCCUGUCCAGGAAGCUGAAGGAAGCAGUCACUCUUUAUCUGCGAGUGGUGAAGGUUGUGGAUCUAUGUGCAGGCCGUUGGUGGGAAUACAUGCCCACUGGUUUCACUGAUUCCAGUUUCCUAACGCUGCUGAGGAAGAUGCCAGACAUUGAACAACUUUAUGGUCUUCAUCCCAGGUAUCUUGAAAGACGCAGAGUCCGUGGCCAUGAAGCUUUCAGCAUUCCUGGAGUUUUAGAGGCUUUGCAGGCCUGUCCAAAUCUGCUGGGUGUUGAGACCUCUCAUUUAGAGCUGGUGGAAGCGAUUUGGACGUACAUGCCACAAGUUCACAUUUUAGGGAAGUUUCGUAAUCGUAAUGGUGCUUUUCCAAUUCCUCCUGAGAACAAGCUGAAAAUUCCUAUAGGAGCUAAAAUUCAGACUUUGCACUUAGUAGGGGUGAAUGUCCCUGAGAUUCCUUGUAUCCCAAUGCUGAGGCACCUUUAUUUGAAGUGGGUGAGACUCACCAAACCACAGCCUUUUAAAGAUUUCCUUUGUAUCAGCUUACGCACUUUUGUCAUGAGGAACUGUGCUGGACCCACAAAUUCUUUGAAGUAUGUUCCCCUAGUGACGGGCCUGGCUUCUGCUCGAAAUUUGGAGCAUUUAGAACUGGUUCGUGUUCCAUUUCUUGGAGGACUUAUCCAGCAUGUAGUAGAAGAUAGCUGGAGAUCAGGUGGUUUUAGGAAUUUGCACACUAUAGUUCUGGGAGCUUGCAAGAAUGCACUUGAAGUGGAUCUUGGCUACCUCAUCAUAACUGCUGCACGAAGGUUGCAUGAAGUGCGGAUCCAGCCUUCCUUGACCAAAGACGGUGUUUUUUCUGCUUUGAAGAUGGCUGAACUGGAAUUUCCACAGUUUGAAACUCUUCAUCUAGGAUAUGUUGAUGAGUUUUUACUACAGUGUAAAAUGACGAAUGGAGACUUGGUGAAGUACGGCUUGGCUGAUGUGGUUGAAAAUCCGGGAAUUAUUACAGAUAUUGGUAUGAAAGCUGUAAAUGAAGUUUUUUCUUGCAUCAAGUAUCUGGUCAUUUACAACUGCCCACAUCUACAUAACCCAAAUAAUUGGAUCACAGAUCAUUCAAGGUGGACCCGACUGGUUGACCUCACCCUGGUGCGAUGCCAUGCGAUAAAGCUAGAUUCUUUUAGUCAGUUCAUUGAGUUAUUGCCAAGCUUAGAAUUUAUUUCUCUAGACCAGAUGUUCCGUGAACCUCCUAAGGGUUGUGCUCGUGUGGGCCUAAGUGCAGGCACAGGAAUUGGUGUCUCAUCUGCCCUAGUCAGCAAUCAGAACUCUAACAAUGACAAUGACAACAACAAUAACCACCAUAAUAAUAAUAAUCCAAACAUCCACCACAACAAUCACCAACACCCAAAUGACCCGAAUGAGGAGAAUGAGCUGCGCCAAGAUGGUCAAGCUGAAGAGCAGCAGAUUGCAGCUGAGGCACUCAAUGAGAUGGAGGAGGUGCCACAGGAAGAAGGGAUGGCUGCGGGGCAGGGCCAGAAUGAGCUCCCAGCUCCCAGCCAGGCUGUUGUUCCUAUGGAGGUUGACGAAGAGCAAGCAGGACCAAGUGGCAUUCAGCCUGUAGUAAAAGCAGCACCUAUUACUGUCCAUGAUUCAGACAGUGAGGAUGAGGAAGAGAACAUGGGGACUUCAAGAGCCUGCAUCUCUAACAGCAUUGCACAGAAUUACUCAGAUGGAGAAGAGAAAAGCAGAGAUCCAGUGGAAAUUAGAGAAUCUUCAGUGAGCGGAAAAGGCAAGACACCACUGCGGAAGAGAUGUAGUGCCAGCCAAGUGGGCCAGACAAAGCAGUUCCACGCUGAGGAAAGCAGCUGUGAGAAAGGUUGUCAGGUAACAAGUGAGCAGAUUAAAGCAGACAUGAAAGCAGCAAGUGACAUGCCUGAAAGGAACAAAAGCAAAGAUUCUUAUCCAGGUUGCAGUAAUGCUACAGGAUCAACGGGAACAUCCAGCUCCUGCAGUGCUGCUUCUCCUAGCCCUGACUGUGCACAGACAGCUAACAGCCACUCUGCUGGCACCAGUCCAGCAACUGGAGAUGAAUCCAGGCAGUGUGUCUGCUCGCCUUGUAAAAGUGAAGGCUCCAGUGAGAGAGAGACCGAGGAGAGCUCUGUUUGUUCCAGGUGUUCCCACUACAAGUCACAGGACGCACAACAGAGGACUAGUGGGUGUUACGAUGGGGAUUGCCCAUCCACGAGUACAGCCUGCAGGAAUGGACCAAAUAGUACUGGGUCAGAUUUUGCACUUAGGACUCUGCCGAACUGUGGGCCUCCAGGAGAGACAAGUGAUGAGAGGACUAGUGGGAGUGCCUGCGGGCCUGCCAAUGAGGAGGAGAGCACAGGCUCCCAGAGAAGGAGCUGUGAGAUGGUGUAUAAAGAAGAGUAUCCUCGCCGACCACUAACAAGAGCUAGAAGCAAGCUGUCCCAUGUCCCGCUGGUGUCAGAGUCAG